AUGGCCAGCCACAUGACCAGCCCGCUGCUCAACCAGGCCUUCGCGGAAUUCCACCGGCGCCACCCCAAGGCGACGUUCCUCACCACGGUGAUGUCGAGCCCCGAGAUCAUGAAGGCGAUGGCCGCGAGCACGAUUCACUUCGCCAUCACGCCGCUCUACCAGGCGCCCGAGCAGUUCGAGUGCUUCCACCUUUUCCGCGAACAUUGCGCCUUCUACUGCGGGCCGAGCCAUCGCCUGUUUGGCCGCCGCGACGUCACUGCGGCCGAGCUGCGCAACGAGGCUUCGGUCAGCUACUACCGGCCGGCGUCGAUCAGCUACACGCUGCAGACGAUCGCGGAUGCGCAUGCCGAGAUGCAGCUCGCCGAACCCGCCGUCGCCGUGUCGAACCAUAUGGAGGAAGUGCGACGCAUGAUCGUCGCCGGCAUCGGCAUCGGCGUCAUUCCCAUCCACAUCGCGGUGCGCGACGAGAAGGACGGGUUGCUGUGGCGGCUGCCGCCCUACAAGCCGAUGAUGCCGGUCGACAUCUUCAUGAUCACCAACCCGCGCGUUCAACCCAGCCGCGUCGAGCAAUCGCUGAUCGAUGUCAUCAAGGAGUUGGUGGAGGCCCGGCCGCUGAAGGAGCGGACCUAUCCGGAAGCGCUCGGCCUUUCCUACGCAGCACCCUCGACGGCAAAGGCGCGCCCGGGUCAGAAGAAGCGAUCGUAG